CUUAGGAUUUGUUUCCUCCUCCAAAGAAGUAACUUGCCACUUCUAGUAGCUGUGACUUCCUCUUUAAAAGGACAUCUUGUCCCAAACCAGAAAUUGAGUCCAUCCAGUCUGCUAGCGCCUCGGGCUGCAGGCAGUGGCUUGUGUGUCCUGCAACUCCUGGCUGAAUUCACUCAGAAAUGGAGAGCAAAACACUGAUUCUGGUAGCUCUGGGCUUGUGGCUUCAGAGUCUGAUCACACUUCACGGAGGAGCAGCUGACUCUGACAUCUCCUAUUCAGGAAGAGACUUUAUGGACAUUGAAAGCAAAUUUGCUCUAAGAACUCCUGAAGACACAUCUGAGGACACUUGCCACCUCAUUCCUGGAGUGACAGAAUCUUUGGCCAACUGUAACUUCAACCACAGUAGCAAAACCUUUGUGGUGAUCCAUGGUUGGACGGUGACAGGAAUGUAUGAAAGUUGGGUGCCAAAACUUGUUACGGCUUUGUACAAAAGGGAACCGAAUUCCAAUGUUAUUGUGGUAGAUUGGCUGUCACGGGCUCAGCAGCAUUAUCCAGUGUCUGCAGGUUAUACAAAGUUGGUGGGAAAGGAUGUAGCAAAGUUUAUCAACUGGUUGGAGGAGGAAUUUAACUAUCCUCUGGAUAAUGUUCAUCUCUUGGGAUAUAGUCUUGGAGCUCAUGCUGCUGGUGUUGCAGGAAGUCUGACUAAUAAAAAGGUCAACAGAAUUACAGGCCUAGAUCCAGCUGGACCUAACUUUGAGUAUGCAGAAGCUCCAAGCCGCCUUUCUCCUGAUGAUGCUGAUUUUGUAGAUGUUUUACAUACAUUCACCAGAGGAUCACCUGGUAGAAGUAUUGGAAUCCAGAAACCAGUAGGACAUGUUGACAUUUAUCCUAAUGGAGGCACGUUUCAGCCAGGAUGUAAUGUUGGAGAUGCUAUUCGAGUGAUUGCAGCAAAAGGACUUGCAGAUGUAGACCAACUAGUAAAGUGUUCCCAUGAACGCUCCAUUCAUCUCUUCAUUGAUUCUCUGUUGAAUGAAGAAAAUCCAAGCAAGGCCUACCGGUGCAAUUCAAAGGAAGCUUUUGAGAAAGGUCUCUGCCUGAGUUGCAGAAAGAAUCGUUGCAACAACGUUGGUUAUGAAAUCAAUAAGGUCAGAGCUAAAAGAAGUAGCAAAAUGUACCUGAAAACUCGUUCUCAGAUGCCCUACAAAGUCUUCCAUUACCAGGUAAAGAUGCAUUUUGCUGGGACUAGAAGUGAUACACACACUGACCAGGAGUUUGAAAUCUCUCUGUAUGGCACUGUGGCUGAGAGCGAAAACAUACUUUUUACUCUGCCUGAAGUUUCUACAAAUAAGACAUACUCUUUUCUAAUUUAUACGGAAGUGGAUAUUGGAGAACUACUAAUGCUGAAACUCAAAUGGAAGAGUGAUUCAUACUUUGGUUGGUCAGACUGGUGGAGUAUCCCUGGCUUUAUGAUUGAGAAGAUUAGAGUAAAAGCAGGAGAGACUCAAAAGAAGGUGAUCUUCUGUUCCAGGGAAAAAGUUUCUCAUCUACAGAAAGGAAAGGCAUCUGUGGUAUUUGUAAAAUGUCAUGACAAGUCUCUAAAUAAAAAGUCUGGCUGAAAGUCUACAGAAAGAAAAUGAAUUUUAUGAAGACUGGAGAAACUUUUACCAAAGAUAUCCUAAUGUUUGGGUGACUUAAUGUGAAGUAUUAAUCAUAGCUAUAUUCUUGUUAGUAUCAAAUACUAAAAGGUGGCUAAUUCUAUUUAAGGAAUAUAAUAGUCAAAUAGCACAUUUUCCAAUACUUAAGGAUGUGAAAAUCACUGCAUGUUGCUUUUUAAAAAGAAGUAAGAAUAGUUUUCCCCCAUAGUAAAGUAAUAAAACUUAUUUAGUGUAUUCAGCUGUAACCUAAAAUUUAUUAGAACCUCACAUUUUGAUUGCAUUUUUCUGAUCAAUAUUGUCUCAUUUUUCUUGUAAGUUUGAAUGUAUAAGAUGGUUUUUUUGUGUCUGUGACAUGAGUUACAUCCACUUACUUAACCAGCUUAAAUAUAUUUGGAAUCAUUAUUCUUUUACUGAUUUCUGCGAGUUACCGAGGACCUAAUGGCUUGCAAAGAGAAUAAAGAAUGGAAUUGGAAAAGUACUGAACUCUUAAACACAAAAGAUAUAAAGCAGAACAAAUUGUUUAAUUAGAUUAUGUCUUAGUAGGCCUUAAAGUUUAUUGCUUAGUCUUUUCUCUUUUAUUGCUUUGCUUCAAUAUUAUAUUUUAAUAAUAUUAUCUGGAUAGGGUUUUAAAAUAAACUUAUGAUCCACAGCUGACAUAUCAUUUUAACCAUGUGAAAAAGUGUAAUAUGACAUUAUUUUCACAUUUUCAAAAUUAUAUUCAUUGAUUUGGAAUCAUUUAUUAUAUAGUAGAUAAUAUUUCUAUUUUUGGUGCAUGUCAAUAUUUCUACCAUGAUUCUGAUAAUGAUAAUAAUAAUAA